CACCGCGGUCACCGCCAGACCCUGAGCUGAAGUGCAGAGCAGCCGCUAAGUUGAAUGGACUUUUGGUGGUUUUAAACGGGCAGCAUGUAGCUGAGUGUAAAGUGAACUGCAUAUGCGAUGGUGGAAAACACCGAGAGAUGAAUCAAUUGACAGGCAGCGACUUUGAACUUAUGUGCUUGAACACAAAUUCCUGCGCGGCCAAAUGAUUUUUAAACAGGAAGAUCGUCUGGAUUUAACAGAGGAGAUCUAAAGCAGUAGAUAUUAGAAACAAAGGAUUUUUGAAUACGUGCUUCAGAGGAGCCGCCGUCGAAGCCAGAUUUGCAUCGCAGACAUUUUCAAGAGCCUGAAAAUAUGGAGCUCUACAGUGAAGCCGUUAAUUACCUACAAGAAUAUGGUGUUGAAGUAGCUAAAAAGGAACAAGAGGAUCUGGAAGAAGUAUUUGAUGUAGACGAUGAAUUCAUCCCUUCAUCCAGUUCACCUCGGAGCCUGCUCCGCUCAGACAGCAUUGAAUUACUCGAAGUUCCGGGUAACUAUGAUUCAGAAUCGAUGUUGAGAAAGAGAAUGGUGGUCUUAAAGAGUAUCCUGGACAGUGAACAGCUUUACCUCUAUGAGCUUGAAACUCUAAUGAUGCCCAUCAAAGCCCUGAAAGCUACAGCAUGCACAUCCCAGCCAGUUCUGACAGAACAGCAAAUCCAGACUGUGUUUUUUCAGGUUCCAGAACUACUGGAUCUUCACAGGGCUUUCUAUGAGAGUUUGAAAGAGCGAGUUGAGCUUGGAGAAUCAUCAGAUAGUGUGGGAGAACUCUUUCAAAAAAUGGUGAGUCAGUUGUGUACAUACAGAGGCUUCAUUGAUAACUAUGAGAAUGCUGUCCAGACGGUGCACAAAUGCAUGCAAACUGAUGAGCGAUUUAAAACUUUGGCAGAGGACAUGUCCUGUAAGCAGACAAAGGCAAAAUAUACAAUAGAAGCUCUUCUGUACAAACCUUUGGAUCGAGUGACAAAGACCACUUUGGUUCUGCAUGUAAGUAUGCAGCCAGUGUGGAUGCAUGUUAUGUCAAGCUCACCAUAUAUACUGGCAGCUCUUGUAUGGUUUAAAAUCUGGAGGCAAGUUCAUCUGUUGCCAGAUUGAGUGUAAAUGAGAAUGAACCACUGGAGAGUGUCGAGCAUAGUGUAAAGGUUAGUGAUACAGUAGAAAAAAAAGGGAUAAAAAAGAAAAAUAUAGCAAAGUGGAGGU